AUGGCUGGCGAAUUCCUGCGCUCGCACGGCAUCGACAUCAACGCAGAGAUGCAGCGAAUACAAUUUGGACAAGAUUCCACACAAUCAUACGAAUCAUCAACAACACCACCUCCAAUAACUAAGAUUGUCAACGCCAGCCUUCCCAACGCUCCAUCGGGCACAACAUGGGACGUCCAUUUCCAUAAUACUCCCACAUCAGCAGCCAAGGGCAGCAAUCCCGGCGUCUCCAAGAUAUUUCCCCACGAUCCUGCACAUUCUUCAGACGAAAUCACGGAGCAAGUUAUCGAUGCUCGUUCGGCUCUCCUGGCUCCAUCACUAUGCCACCCUCACAUCCACCUAGACAAACCCUACCUACUCUCCCACCCAAAAUACUCUGAUCUCCAAAUCCAGAAGGGUGACUUCGCGGAAGCCAUGGAACUUACUUCGAAAGCCAAAGCACAAUUCGAACAUCGGGACCUACUAGAACGAGGGCAGAGACUGAUAGACGAAAGCGUCAGCGCAGGAGUAACCCACAUCCGUGCUUUCGUCGAACUAGACGCAGGCGUAGGACGGAAAUGUCUCGAUGCCGGUCUCGAGCUGAAACGGAAGAAUGCAACGAGAUGUAUCGUCCAACUCUGUGCCUUUGCUCAACUCCCUCUCUUCACUUCCAGUCCUGACGACGAAACUGGAGCCGUGAUCCGUGGACUAAUGACCGAGGCGGCGAGGAUGCAAGAAGUAGACGUCCUAGGCUCAACACCCUACGUCAAGACCUCUCUUCCCGAACAACAAGAGAACGUCCGCUGGAUCGUCGACCUAGCCGUUCAACACCGGAAACAUCUGGAUCUCCACCUCGACUACCAUCUCGACGCCACCCAAACCCCUCUCGUCCACCACGUCAUCGCCACCCUCCACGCCAUCUCCUGGUCCUCCUCAAACCCGCAAAAAACAAUAAUCCUAGGCCACUGCACCCGCCUCACCCUCUUCUCCCCAGCCCAAUGGCACGACCUCCGCUGCUCAAUCAGCACCCUACCCCUCUACUUCGUCGGACUUCCCACGAGCGAUCUCUUCAUGAUGAGGCCUACGGACCCACUCCUACAGCGUCCGACACUUCACCCGGGCCAGAUGAUCCAGAGUUAUGGGUUGAAAUGCUGUUUAGGGGUGAAUAAUAUUGGGAAUGCGUUUACGCCGCAGGGAUCUGCUGAUCCACUCUUUUUGGCUUGUCAGGGUGUUGGGGUGUAUCAGAUGGGGAGGAAAGAGGAUGCGGGGGUGUUGUAUGGGUGUUUUAGUCGGUUGGCGAGGGAGGCGAUUGGUCUGGGGGAUGGAGGUAAAAAGGGCGAUGAUGUGGCACGGGGACAAGGACAGGAGAGUGACGGUGAUGGUAUCGAUCUAAGCGUACGGGAGGGUGAUGGUGAUCUCGUGCUCUUUGGCAGCGAGGCAGUGGAGUGGAGGACGAGGAGGAGUAUCGGCGAGGUUUUCUAA